GCUUUGACUUCACAUUGAUGGUGGCAGCCUCUUCCUGACAGACAUGUACAGGGACCGCAAGCUUCUCAACGCUGAAGAGCGCAUCACGCAGACGGUGGAGAUCACCAAGCAUGUGGUGGAUAUUGAGGAGAAGGGCGUCAAGCUGCGCCUGACCAUCGUGGACACGCCGGGCUUCGGUGAUGCUGUCAACAACACUGAGUGCUGGAAGCCGGUGGCUGACUACAUUGACCAGCAGUUCGAGCAGUACUUCCGCGAUGAAAGUGGCCUCAAUCGCAAGAACAUCCAGGACAACCGCGUGCACUGCUGCAUCUAUUUCAUCUCGCCCUUUGGCCACGGCCUCCGGCCCCUGGAUGUGGAGUUCAUGCGGGCGCUGCACCAGCGCGUGAACAUCGUGCCUGUGCUGGCCAAGGCUGACACCUUGACACCUGCUGAGGUGGAACGGAUGAAGAAUAAGAUCCGGGAGGAGAUUGACCACUAUGGGAUCCGCAUCUAUCAGUUCCCUGAGUGCGACUCGGAUGAGGAUGAGGAGUUCAAGCUGCAGGACCAAGCGUUGAAGGAGAGCAUCCCCUUUGCUGUCAUCGGCAGCAACACGGUGGUGGAAGCCAAGGGACGGCGUGUCCGUGGGCGGCUCUACCCCUGGGGCAUUGUGGAAGUGGAGAAUCCGUCUCACUGUGACUUUGUGAAGCUGCGCACCAUGCUGGUGAGGACCCACAUGCAGGACCUGAAGGAUGUGACGCGUGAGACGCACUACGAGAACUACCGCACGCAGUGCAUCCAGAGCAUGACCCGCAUGGUGGUGAAGGAGAGGAACCGCAACAAGCUGACACGGGAGAGCGGCACGGAUUUCCCCAUCCCUGUCAUCCCCCCGGUGCCGGAUUCGGAGACGGAGAAGCUCAUCCGAGAGAAGGAUGAAGAGCUGCGGCGGAUGCAGGAGAUGCUGCAGAAGAUCCAGAAGCAGAUGAAGGACUCCCACUAACCCCCUCCC